AUGGCCGCCAUCGUCGCCUCCAACUUCGCCGUCGCCGCGCCCUCCAAGGUCGCGGUCCGCUCGCUGUCCGCCAAGAAGGCCGUCGCGCUUCCCGUGAAGCGCUCCGUGGCGGUGAAGGCUGUGCGCGCGCAGCCGGUCGCGAGCCUCAAGACCGAGAAGCUCACCGCGGCGGUCACCGUCGGCACGGCCGCGGCCCUCGCGAACCCGCUCGUCGCGGAGGCGGCCAUCACGCCGUCGCUCAAGAACACGCUCCUCAGCGUCGUCGCGGGUGGGAUCGUCCUCGCGGCCAUCGGCGUCGCCGUCGUCGGCGUCUCCACGUUCGACAAGGUCUCCCGCAAGUAAGUCGUCGUCCGUCGACUUGUGUGUCGCGCGAUUCGCGUCGGGACCCGCGAUGGAGCGGCGGCGCGUUCGCGUCGUC